CGCAGGCGCAGUUCCUGGUUCCCGGCGGCGUGCUCCUUUUUCCGGAGUUUCUGGUAUCCCGGCGGUGAGGGGCGCCGGCUUCUCACACUCCGUUCUCCCGCCGUUGGCUCGGCUCCGUCGCCCCUCUUUCGAGCUCAGGCCACUGCUCGGCCCUCACGCCGCCCCCACGAGACAGGCUCAUGGCGGAGCGCGGAGACCUGGACCUGACGGGAGCUAAGCAGAACACCGGCGUGUGGCUGGUCAAGGUUCCUAAAUAUUUGUCACAGCAAUGGGCUAAAGCCCCUGGAAGAGGUGAAGUUGGGAAACUGAGGAUUGCCAAGAAUCAAGGAAGGACGGAGGUAUCAUUUACUUUGAAUGAAGAUCUUGCAAAUAUUCAUGAUAUUGGUGGAAAACCAGCUUCAGUGAGUGCUCCUAGAGAACAUCCAUUUGUUUUGCAAAGUGUUGGAGGACAGACAUUAACAGUAUUUACUGAGAGCUCCUCAGAUAAGCUGUCAUUGGAAGGAAUAGUGGUUCAGAGAGCCGAAUGCCGCCCUGCUGCUAGUGAAAACUACAUGAGAUUAAAGAGAUUACAAAUAGAAGAAUCUUCCAAACCUGUAAGGCUGUCACAACAACUGGACAAAGUUGUAACGACCAAUUACAAGCCUGUUGCUAAUCAUCAGUACAACAUUGAAUAUGAAAGGAAAAAGAAAGAAGAUGGAAAGCGCGCUCGAGCAGACAAACAACAUGUACUCGACAUGCUAUUUUCAGCCUUUGAGAAACAUCAGUAUUAUAAUCUUAAGGACUUGGUGGACAUCACAAAACAGCCUGUGGGAUAUCUGAAAGAAAUCUUGAAAGAGAUCGGUAUUCAGAAUGUAAAAGGGAUCCACAAAAAUACGUGGGAGCUGAAGCCAGAGUACAGGCAUUACCAAGGAGAAGAAAAGAGUGACUGAGAACACUACCAGCAUGUGACAGAAGAGCUAGAGUGGGCACUUGAGCAAGCCGCUCAGUAAGAGAACAUGAAAGCCAUGUGAGAAUUGGAGGAAAAUAACUGUGUCUUGAAUUUCUUAGUAAAUUUUUUAAAGCUAUAAGUCCAUAAAGUUUCCUAAGUGUUUUUUGAGAAGAAAAAAUAUUUAUAUUCUAAACAUAUAUAUUAAACCAUAUGAUUCAGCAGGA